AUGGCCGAGCAUAUUGAUAGAACUCGUCUUCAAACUGAUCUUCGUUACAAUUUUGAUUAUAUAUCAAAAUUUCUUAAUUUUACUAAAGAUGAUAUUCAUGUACUUAAUUCAUUAGCUCCAAUUUUAUUUCCUCGUAUUCCAUAUAUUGUUGAAACAACUUAUAAAAAAUUACGUUCAUUUGAUGUAACAAAGGAAUAUUUUAAUAUUCAUAAUGGUGAGUUUAAAAGGUUUGUAUUAAAUGAAGCAACAAAAUUUACACUUAUUUCUGCACAAACUGAUAUUUUUAAAGAUACAUUAAAUAUUUAUUUAAAACGUAUAUUACUACAAAGCGAAUGGAAUGAUACAUUUUUAAAAUAUAUAUCAGAAAUGGGAGAAUUACGUGAAAAUCAAAAGAAUUGUAAAGAAAUUAAUAUGGAAUACAUGCCCAUGAAUACAUUAUUUGGUUAUCUUGAGCAUUUAAUGAUUGAUAUAAUAUGGAAACUAGAAAGUUUUGAUAUUAAAAAGAAACGCGCUGGUAUACGAGCAUUAAAUAAAUUUUUUUGGAUACAAAAUAAUCUUUUUACAAUGUAUUACAGUAUGUCAUUAAAAGAAAAUUCAAUUUCAAAUGGAAUGAAUGGAAAAAAAUGA